AUGUUGAAUCUAACCAAGAAAUCGGUAAAUGUUUCAAAUGUUAAAAUCGGUGAAUUGUUAAAAACAAACGAACAAACUGAUUCAAAGUUUUAUGCAAAGAAAACAAUUUCUAAGAAUCGGGUUUGGGCGGUGAAGAAGAGUGAAUCCACUGAAGUAAUUCAAAAGGUCAAUUCAUCUGAAAAAGUUGAAAAGAUUGAAUCGAAAAAUGAGUAUGGACUACUGAGAUCCAUUAUAUUGAAGUGGAUGAUGGAUAGUGGGGCCUCUAGGCACAUGACGGGGAUGUUAGCUCUACUCUAUGAUGUCAAACCAAUUAGAGGGGGCUACGUUGGGUUCGCAGGCAAUCAAGGUAGACGUAUAGUUGGCGAAGGUGUUUUAUCUGACAGGAUGGUUUCAUUCGACAAGGUCAAUUUUAUCGCCGAACUGGAGAACAACUUUUCAAGUAUUUCUUAA